UUUUCUAUAGGCAAGGGGGGGAGGAUUCAUCACUAGCACCCAGCUUUGUCUUAAUCUGUACUGUUAUUUGGCACAGGUUAAACUAAACAUGACAUUUGUACACUUUAUAAACUGCGUGGCGCUGGCAUAUUCACCCUACGUUGUGACAUACAAGACGUCAAUACUAUCCGAGUACAAUACUUUGAUGGAUAUUGGAUUCGCUGGAAUGAUCUACAUGGUGACACAGUUGAUAAAGAUGUUAGCUCUUGCAACCUUUUUUCCUUCAUUGGAUUAUAAUUUAUCCAGCAACCUUAAUAUUGUUGGAGAAGUUCUAAAAAGUGCAGUGGAUAUUGGUGAUUUAUGUGGUCUAUAUUACAUUAUCACGAAGACUGUUGGAAAACCAGAGUUAAAAGUGUUGGUUACCAGUAUUGGUUGGGGAGGUGCACAAGUCCUAUUUAGCUACUUUCUAUCUUUUUGGGUUGGUGCACGAAGUGUUGAAUUUGAUUGGAAGUAUAUUCAAAUGGCUCUUGACUCCAACAUUACUUUGAUACACAUACUAGCAAUGUCCUCGCUUGUUUGGAUGUGGUCUCGAAAUGAUAUCAACCGUUCCAUCCUACCGAUUAUCACCACUCUUCUUGCACUGUGUGUUUUCCGCAAUCCAAUUAUUGAGUUGCUUCUGCAUGUGUAUGUAUUACAUGGCUGGACACUACUAGUGUUGAAAGCUUUAUUUACAUUCUCCGUUGCUGCGGUUUCUUUACAGUUUUAUCUUGGUUUCAUAGAAAGUUGAUACAAGUUUACAACAGUUAGCGUGAACAUGAUAAAAAAAAGUAUGGUAAAUUAAUAAUUUGUAAACUAAUGCUGCUUUGAAAAAUGUCAUUUUAAUGGAAUUCUUUUUUAAAUGUCGUUUUUUACAUGUCACAUGUGUGAAGUUUGGCAUUGAAACUUUGGGUAUGUUCAUGGUCCAAAUAAAAUGUAUUUGAAGUGGUUGAGUAUGCUCCUGUAGCGAUUGAGUGUGUUUUGAGCACAGAUAUAUAUAGUUUUCCAAAUUAACUUAGUGCAUAAAGAUGACAUAUCUUGCAUUUUUCCAACAAGGCAGGAAACUAUCUGCCCAGUCCGUCCGUUCGGCGAACAGACGCCACUUUUCAGUGUAAAACGUUCUUUCCUGUUACUGCUUUCGCACAUGUGUUUCAUGCUAUAAAAGCCCUCCUAUUUUCUGUGUUGGGAGGGCAGUAGGGAGCUCUCUUACACUCUUGCUGUCCUCACGUUUGUUCCUGGCCUGAUGCCGCUCGUUUGUCCGUAUAAUAAACCGAGUUGUCGA